AUGAGCACUCUAUUAUCGUUGGCUAUAGGUACAUGCCUUCCGCCUGCGGCAGGGCAAGGAUCGGAUCUGGCUCAUUAUAUGUCGCGACCAGACCUGCGUGCCCCUCUCUUGAAAUUGGAUACGUAUGAAGCAGACGCAGUCACACCAGGAUACUGGUUCACGUCCCCUUUCAAGCAUCUUGCGAAUGGUCCGCAUAUCUACAAUCAUCGAGGAGAAUUGGUGUGGAGUGGCGGUCCCAUAUUUGAGUAUCGCAACGUCUUUGACUUUCGAGUGGGUGAGGUCAACGGCUCUAAAGUCUUGACUGCAAUAGUCGAUUCUGCACGCCUCCUCAAAUCCAAUUACUCCAUGGGACAGACUGGAUUCAUCAUCAGCGAGAAAUAUGAGGUAGCCCAACAGAUCGAGCUUACCAAGACGUACAAUAUGCAUGAGUUUAACAGUGUCGGCGACAACCGAAUUAUUACUGCCACCAGCGGCGACGCAGUUGCUGACCUCAUCGACAUGGGCAUGCCGAAUAAGACUAUCAGGGUCAAAUCAGGAGGUUUCCGCGAGUGGGAUGUCACUUCCGGCAAGAAUGUGUUUGAGUGGCUGACUGCUGAUCACGUUUCCGUCAACGAAUCAAUGAUGGAAUUGCCGAGCGAGCUUUACAGGACCUGGGAUUCUUUCCACCUGAAUUCUAUUACCAAGGAUACCGGCGGCGACUAUCUCGUCUCUCUUCGUCACACCAAUACCAUCUAUAAAGUCUCUGGUAAAGAUGGCUCCAUCACCUGGCGCCUGGGGGGAAAGUAUGGUGAUUUCCAGCAGAACUUCAAUUUUUCCAGCCAGCACCAUGCUCGAAUCCUGGCUGAGGAUGCUACGGGAAUGACUAUUACCCUGUUCGACAACGCUGCCGACGACCGCGGUGCUCAAGCCAACACCGCUGACGCCUCUUCGAUGCAGGUGGUCAGAAUCUAUGAUCGCGAGGAGCCACGGCGGGCGGAGCUUUUGGCCCAGCACGUCCGGCCUGACGGUCAGUUGACUGAUAAACGUGGCUCGGCUCAAAUCUUGGAAAGUGGCCAUGCUUUCAUCUGCUGGAGUAUGAAGGGGUAUAUCAGCGAGCACACUUCCGACGGCCGCGUUGUUUUAGAGGCGAGUUUCCUCGGCGAUCGUUUCGACUCGUACCGCGUGUACCAUUUUGCCGACUGGGUUGGACGACCUGCCGAGCCACCAGCUUUGAUAUCGUACGCUCACUCUGGUGGCUCGCUGAAAAGACUUCCCUCAACCGUCCUGUAUGUGAGUUGGAACGGUGCGACCGAAGUGGCCUCGUGGACUUUCUACGGCACAUCCAGCGCUGUCGGAAGCAACGAAACCUUCCACAAUCUCGGCAGCGUGUCGAAAGUUAGCUUCGAAAGCAGCAUGGCCGUCGACGGAUACUGGUGCCACACAUACGCCGAGGCGUAUGAUGCUCAUGGAAAUCUCCUGGGCAAGUCGGAAGUGAAGGAAACCAUCCUUCCUGAGCACGCCGAAAGUCGGUUUGAGGAAGAUGACCACGGCAGGAGCCAUUCCUUCAACGCCAGCCUUUCUGUGUUGGAAAGCGCGCUGACCGUGCAAGCGUCGAAACCAGUGGCCGGCGUCCUUACCUUUGUCUCGCUCGCCUGCGUCCUUUACACAGCUAUUUCGCUCUCCUUACGGGCUUGGAGCUGUUGGCGACUGCGGUCCCGUCGCCAUCCCUACCGUGGACUGCAAGAUCAUGAAAGGACGUCGAGUGAGGAUGAGGUCUACUCUCUGUACACAUACCCCGACGCCAGUUUGGAAGAGAAAGACAUCAGUGAUGAUGAUGGUGAUGAUGACGACGGCAAAGUUGGGUGA